CAAAAAUUGUCAAUGAAUGAAAGGAAAGAAAGAGGAAGAGAUAAUUUUAUAGGCGUGGUAAAAAUCACAAUUUGUUAUAUUUAAAAAAUGUCUGCGACACUCAAGCCAUAUUUAAAUGCAGUUCGACACACACUAACUGCAGCGAUGUGUUUAGAACAUUUCUCAUCCCAAGUGGUAGAGAGAUACAACAAACCGGAGGUCGAGGUUAGAACGAGCAAAGAACUGUUGUUAAAUCCGGUGGUGAUUUCACGGAAUGCUAACGAGAAAGUGUUGAUUGAAUCAUCCAUAAACUCCAUUAGAGUGAGUAUAAUGAUCAAGCAAGCUGAUGAGAUCGAGAAAAUAUUGUGUAAAAAGUUUAUGAGAUUUAUGAUGAUGCGAGCCGAAAACUUCAUUGUAUUGAGAAGAAAACCUGUGGACGGGUACCAUAUCAGCUUCUUGAUUACAAAUUUCCACACUGAACAGAUGUAUAAGCACAAGCUUGUCGAUUUUGUCAUAUACUUCAUGGAGGAAAUUGAUAAGGAAAUAAGUGAAAUGAAAUUGGCAGUGAAUGCCCGUGCUAGAAUCUGCUCUGAAGAGUUCUUGAAGAGAUUUUGAGCAGUUAAUGAGAUUUACUCUUGUAGAUUAACUAUUGAUUGGUUUCACAACUGUUUCGAAGACAUUCUAAUGCCAAUAGAUAGGUAUAAUCAAUUUUCAAGUAAUCACUAUCACUAUCGGACAGUUGUGAAACCCAAUUCUUUGAAUAUGUGACUGAUAUAAGUUUAUUCCAAUGAAAUCAUUAAAGCUUGACAAAGUUAUCAAUGCUCCAGUUAAUCAUUCAAUGUGUCCUCUCUAUUAUUUAUGUCCAAGAUUCAAAUUUGUCUUUUCUACAUGCAUUUUUCGUACACUUUAUACACGUUUGUUAUUCUUACCACAUUCAACACAGAGGUGUGAAGAACAUGUUCUUUCCAGGCUGUACCAAUUGGUCAAUUCAAAGAUCCAAAACCAUGUAAACAUAUUCUGGCAUUCCAUUCACAGUAUUUUUCCAGGUUGUUCAACUGCCAUAGAGUGUCAGAGACCACGGUCCAGUUUCCUACUUUUAAUAAUAUAAAUUAUAAUUAAAAGUUUACUCAUCAUGAGGAAAACAAUUGUAAAAUUGCUAAUGACAUAAUGUUAUGUUAUCAUUAUACUUGCACAACCUUGUAGAUAAAAUCCUCUAGUAGAUAUAUAUCUAAUAUUUUUUUAAUUGUCUGAUCAGACAAAAAAAAAGCAUUAAAAAUAUCUUCUACAUCCAUUGUGGUAAGAAUUAUAGGUAGUUAAAUCUCAAUUGUAUUUUCAUUCAGUAUUUCCUUUUUUAAUAUAACAAAGCAAUUGGGUAGAUUUACCAUUCUAUUUGUAAGCGUAAAUACUUGUAGAUAUAGUUUAUAUUAAAUUAUGAAGAAGUUUACUACUUAUGAUGGACCUGUUGAAUCAGGCUUUUUAUUCGAUUGAUAAAUAUAGAAAUUAUUCUUGGUUAUCAGCGAUUACUUAUAAUUUAUAGUAAGGUCUUUAUUAAUUAAAACAUAUUUCAUAUU